UUGGCCCUGUGGCGGAGGAAGCUGACUGACUUGUCCCUGUGGCGGAGGGAACUGGCCGGGUUGUUGUCCCUGUGGCGGAGGGAACUGGCUGGGUUGUUGUCCCUGUGGCGGAGGGAACUGGCUGGGUUGUUGUCCCUGUGGCGGAGGAAGCUGGCGGCUUUGUCCCUGUGGCGGAGGAAGCUGGCGGGAUCAGCCUGCUCCCUGCAUUACUUACAGCGCGGUUGAAGUUGCUUGUGAUGGCGGGGCGCGGGAAAAGGAAAGCGGGCGGCAGGAGCUCGGAGACAAGGAAUCCGGUGGAAGGUGGGAAGAAAAACAGAGGGGAGAAGUCAGGUGUCCCAGAAGAGGUGCGACGGGAGGUCCAGAGUCUCUACAAGCUGCCGAUGCCCGAGGACUUUUAUCACUUCUGGCAAUUCUGCGAGGAGCUGAAUCCAGGGAAUCCGUGUGAGGCACUGACUUCGAGUCUUGGGCUGCAGCUUGUUGGGCCUUAUGAUAUUCUGGCAGGAAAACAUAAAGUAACAACGAAUCCGGAACCUAAUUACUUGCUGCACUGGAGGUAUUUCUAUGACCCGCCAGAAUUUCAGACCGUCAUCACUGGAGACCCUGGAACUCAGUAUCACCUUGGCUAUUUCAGGGACACUCCGGAUGAACUGCCAGUGUUCGUGGCUGCCGGCGAGUCGAAGAAAGGCUGCUCGCUGGCCCAGAUGGGAGACAAUUUGUUCUGCUCGGUCAACCUACUUUUAAGUAGAAGACAAAAGGAAGUAAGUAAUAAACGGCAGAGCAGUGUCCUGAAAGAGCUUGAGACCAAAUUGACAGCAGUAGCGGAAAAGUUAAAUUAUUCUCUAGAGCAAAGAACUCAAGGCAUGAAAGCGAGGGAUAGGAAGGUUGCCACUAAGACAUUCCACGGUGCAGGUUUGGUGGUUCCAAUAGACAAAAGUGGCGUGGGAUACAGAGAGCUUCCUGAGACAGAUGGAAGUCUUAAAAAGAUCUGCAAGGCGAUCGUAGAAGCUCCGACUGAUGAAGCCAGGAUCAAAGCUUUUGCCCCAAUCCAAGAGAUAAUAACCUACGUUCAAUUUGCAAAUGAUGAAUGCGACUACGGCAUGGGAUAUGAACUUGGGAUUGACCUCUUCUGUUAUGGAUCACAUUAUUUUCACAAAGUGGUGCGGCAGUUGUUGCCUUUAGCCUACAAGCUCUUGAAGAAUCACCUAUUUGCUGAGAUUAUCGAAGUUCAUUUAGCCAACAGAAAAUGGGAUGAUUUAGACCAGCUGAAAGGUUGAAGCUGCUGAGGGCAUUGUGGCAACACAGCAUUGCAUCUACACGUUUACUGCAUAAGCUACUAGAAUUUUCAAUUUGAAUUGUAUUAUUUUGGAGU